AUGUCAGAAAUUUUACAAGAUAUAGGGAAGAAACUAGUUUUUCCAAUUGAUUUUAAAGCACAAUCCAGUUUGACAACUAAAUUGAACAAUAUCCUUUUAGUAGGAUCUAUUUUUGCGAUGAUAUACGGGUACAGUACACAAUCGUUAUCGAAUGCAUUCUACUCGUACAUUGCAUUCAUUAGUAUUGCGGCAAUGGCCGUUGUUCCAUCAUAUCCAAGCUAUAACAAGCAUAAAUUAGAAUGGGUCAAGCCAAAGAUAGCAUUGUAA